AGAAUGAAGCCAAAUAAUAGCAUUGAGUACGACGCUGAUGAAUUGAAGGCAACCAAAGUGUUGCGCAUUGCAUAUGAAUAAAUUGGAAUUAUUUACUGCCACAUUCAAAGGCGAUCACUAUUCGAGUGUUUUUAAAUUUUUUUGAUAAAAAUUUUUACUUCAUAAAAUACUCUCGGAUUUCGUGCGAUUGUCGAGUACGAGUGCGAUGGGCAUUUUAAGACAAAACGGUUGAUUGUUAAAACAAUGCCGUUUGAGAAUGGACAAAAGAAGAAUGUGUUUGAGGAGUCAAUAAUAUUUGAGACUGAAAUCGACAUGUACACGCAGGUGUUACCACGUUUCGAGCAGAUAUUACGGGACGUCGGCGAUGAUACAAUACUCAAGGCACCUAUACUGUUCCAUGAGCUAAGCCCCAGAAAGAUUAUAAUAUUCGAAGAUAUAGUACCGUUGGGCUAUGAGCUGCUGCGCGGCCGUUAUACAAAUGUUGAGGAGAUUAAGCAGUCCUACAUCAAGUUAGCCAAAUGGCAUACGUUAAGUUACAAAGUAAAUUUAGAAGAACCAGGAUGCUUUGACGAAUAUCACAUAUCCAUAUUCGCUAUGCCAAAUCUUGAUAGAAACUUGCUAAUGUGGCAAGGCACUGAUGCUUUCAUUCAGCAGUUGGAGACAAUGCCUAAAAUGCAAAAAUAUUUGCCAUUUAUUCAGUCGAUACAAGGAAAAUUAUUUGAAGACACCAAGCGCACGGCCAAGGAAUACUUCGAUGCGCCGAAGGAAGAUGCCAUUUAUGUGUUGUAUUGCGGUGAUUUUCACGACAAAUGUUAUAUAUGAUGUUCAAGCGCAACCCGAACUCGAGUAAACUAUUGGAUGUCAUGUUAUUAGACUGCCAGCUGUCUUAUGU